GUCGGGCAUGUGCGUUGGUCGUCAGUGUUGAAUCGUGAACGCGCUCGCGGGUGGUGGUGCGUGGCGGUGGCGGUGGGUGGCGGGUACCGAUGGUAGUGGUGGUGGUGCACAAAAGCGUACGUCGUCUUGUUGGUCGCGCGACUCUUCUUCGCUGCUCCGGAGCCGCCGGGGAAGAAAGAGCGGCGGUGGACGGUGGUGACGCGAGAACAUGUGAUUCUGACAGGGUGAGCGUGAGUAGCAGCAGCAGCGGCCCCGUGACGUUGCCUUUUUCCCCCGUACUCUAUUUCGUGCGCGAAGUGUGCGGCGCCGGUGGUAUACAACACAGUAGCGGCGGUUGAUUCGUUCGUGACGCGUCGCGUCGUUCCGCUACAGUCGCCGGAGACACGCCGGGUACACGCUCGCCCCUUCGCACGCGCGUCGAGGGGGUAGUUGGCCGCCGUUGUGGAGGAUACGAUGUUCUGAAUUCGUUCUCGGACCGGCCAAGGAACACCAUACGCAUCAUCAUGGUCGCUAAGCAUUUCGCAGCGCAGGGCUCAAGCCCUGAUUGCGGUGUGCCGGACAUGACAGUCAUCAGCGACAUCGAUGAGACCGGCAUCAAUCGGAAUCUUCAAGUUCGUUAUAGCAGGGACCAGAUAUAUACGUACACGGGAUCCAUACUGGUGGCUGUGAACCCUUACAAGGAAGUGGACUACUAUACGAAUGAGUACGUGAAUCGAUACCACGGACAGAAGAUGGGCGCCCUGGAGCCUCACGUGUUCGCGUUGGCGGAGGCGGCGUACUGGUCCCUGCAGGACACAGAGAGCAAUCAGUCCUGCGUGAUAUCGGGCGAGAGCGGAGCCGGCAAGACGGAGACCACCAAGUUCAUUCUGCAAUACCUUUGCUCGGUGACCAGCAACGUCGACACAUGGGUGGAGCAGCAGAUCCUCGAGGCCAACACCAUCCUCGAGGCGUUCGGCAACGCGAAGACCGUGAGGAACGACAACAGCUCGCGAUUCGGCAAGUUCAUGCAGGUAUGCUUCGACAGCAAAUGGAUGAUCAAGGGAUGCAUCAUCCAGGACUACCUGCUGGAGCAGAGUCGCAUCACCUUUCAGAGCCCCGGUGAGCGCAAUUACCACGUGUUCUAUCAGCUGGUCGAGGCGGGCACGAGGGACAAGGAAUUCGCCGAGCAAUAUAAGCUGCAACCGGCCAGCCACUACAAAUAUCUCAAUCAGUCCGGCUGCGUGAAGAUCGAUGGAAUUUCUGAUUCUAAGAAACUCGACGCUCUCAGGCUCGCCUUUAAUGUGCUCCAAGUCGCACCGGAGAUGUGCGAGGGUAUCUUCCGGGUUCUGUCGGCCAUCCUGUGGCUAGGGAACCUGAGCUUUGAGGACGUCGACGGGGAGAGAUGCGAGUUGUCAAUGGAAGACAACAAUAUAGUUGACACGGUGGCGCCAUUGUUGGGCAUGCAGGUGGAGGAUCUUACUAAGGUGGUGUUGAUACGACAGAUAAACGUGCGCGGCAACAUCACGGAGAUUCCGUUGAAAGUGCAAGAAGCCAGAGAAAACAGGCACGCGAUGGCGAAGGCACUUUACUCCCGUUCCUUUGCCUGGCUCAUCAAUCACAUCAACAAUUGCACGAAUCCGGGCCAAGACAGCUCCCGAUUUCUCGGGGUGCUCGACAUCUUCGGUUUUGAGAACUUCACGUUGAAUAGCUUCGAGCAACUCUGCAUCAAUUACACGAACGAGAAGCUGCACAAAUUCUUCAAUCACUAUGUCUUCGCAUUGGAGCAGGAACUCUAUCGCCAAGAGGAGAUCCAAUAUUCUCACAUCACAUUCACGGACAACACCAUGUGCCUAGAGUUAAUCGAGAAGCCUCCGCGGUGUGUUCUUAAAUUACUGACCGAGCAGUGCCAUAUGCCGAAGGGCUCCGAUCUGGCUUACCUGACAAACCUGCACGCGGAAUUCGAGAACCACCCGUGCUACGUGAAGGGAGACGAUCGGCGGAAGUGGGAGAAAGAGUUCGGGGUCAAGCAUUAUGCCGGCUGCGUAACGUAUACCGUCGAAGGUUUCGUCGACAAGAACAGAGACGUGCAGCAAGACGUCUUCUUCGACUUCAUGUCCAGGAGCACCAACGAAUUCGUGCAGGAGAUCACCGUUUAUCAGGAUCUACUGGGAUGUACUGUUGGGCGCGCGACCGGCGGCGCUACCGCGACCACAAUGUCUCGUGGCACUUCCAAAGGCAAACCGACUUUGUGUGACUCGUUUCGACACCAAUUGCAGGCUCUGGUAGACGUGCUGCAGGCGACAACGCCAUGGUAUGCGCGUUGCAUUAAGCCAAACAUGGAGAAGAUGGCCAACCACUACGACGAAAAGCUGGUUUUGGAUCAGCUCAAGUACCUCGGCAUGUUGGAUAUCAUUCGCAUACGUAAGGAAGGCUUUCCAAUACACAUGUCGUUCCACGAUUUCGUCGCGCGAUACCGUUGCUUGGACAAGGAUCGAUUUUCGCUCACCUGCAACGAGAAAGAGGCGGUCAAACGCUUGAUCAGCAGCCAAGGUAUACCGGAGACUGAGUGGCAGAUUGGCCGAACUAAAGUGUUUCUGAGGAGCUACGUGCACGAGCCUCUCGAGGACUCCAGGAAUAAAAUGGUGACGAGCAAUGCGAUUGUAAUACAAAAGAUCUGGAGAGGAUAUGUGAAACGACGAGAGUACAAGCGUAUUAGAGAGGCGGCAUUAAAGGUGCAGCACGCUUAUCGAGGCUGGAAAUUGCGAAUAAUGUUCAUCAGAAAGCGUAGAGCCGCCAUCGUGAUUCAGAGUCACCUACGGGGUGUAUUCGCGAGGGAGGUGGCCGCGGCCCUGCGUGAAAUGAGGCGAGUCGACGAGGAAAUGAGAAAGAGGGAGCGGCUGGAGGAAGAACGAAGACUGAUGGAGGACAAGAAGGCUCUGGAGGAGAGUCAGAGCGCGCAGUACAAUGGUAUUGUCGGGAUGGAAUCCGGGAAGGCGCAGGAAGAGAUCGCCGCAUUGUCGCAGAUGGCCGAGCAGAUGAAUUCGAAGAUGGCUGCCACAGAUUUGCAAUCGGUGGAUCUUGACAAUUUGUUCUCCUUCUUGUCGGACGUGCAAUCGACUAAGAGCAAUCAGAUUAUCGAUGAGAUUGGCGAGCGGAUGGACGAGCUAGUGGAGGAUUUGGAUGUGGAACUGGAGACUGUGAUUCAACAAGAGAUAGAAUUAAACUCAAAGGCAGAGUCGAAGGUGACGUCUCCCAACGGACAGGAACCAUCUCCGCAGCUGCAACAACAGCGACUACCUUGUACGAACAGCCUGAGCAGCAGCAAGCUCGGUCAACCUAGCUUGCCAGAACCGACCGAGCCUCCGCCACCACCGCCACCCCCGGCACCGCCGUUGAUGAACGGCGGUGACUCGUCAAGCGAUAACGGCGAGCCGAUCUACGAGUCAGUGUUGCCGCGCGACGAGAACGACCCUGGCAGUCCGGUCGCCCGCAACGGCAGCGCGGGACAAUUAGUGAAUGGCGAGUCCUGCAGCUCGCCACCACCCGUGCCGGGUGGCAAAAUGAACAAGGAGCAACUUGCCGGCAGUCCUCCAUCCAGGCCGGAGUCCCGAAGUUCCAACGGUCAUCAUCAUACGCAUCAUCACCAUCAUCAGACAGUGCCGCAGGCGCAGCAGAACGGUCACGAUCAGCCACAGUCGCAGCAGUCGCAAGCGCAGCAACAGCAACCGGUCGAGCAGCGCGAGCAACGGCGCAAGUGCCGAGUGGAACGCAAGCUUCAGGAGCUGGAGGACAAGAAAGAGCAAGACACCGAAGCGACAAACUAUCAUGACAUUAUGGAGUUCGCGCAGAAUUACUUCAAUAGUCAUGAACGCUCGCCGGAAGGCACGAUAAUGGCCACGCUGACGAGAAAGUCGCGCGGCAAAAGCGUGGAAUAUAUCCCGAAGUAUGAGAUGGUUACGUACUACAAAGGGUCCAGCAUUCCCAACUCCCACAUUCAUAUGUACGAUCCGGACAACGUGAAUGUCGCGUGUUCCGUUUUCAGGGAUUUGUGCAAGUACAUACGCGGCGAGAUGAAGUUGGAUCAGGAAAUCCAGACAAUCCAAAGCAUCAUUGCGUACGGAAUCGAGCGGGAGGAGCUGCGCGAUGAGAUCUUCGUGCAGUGCAUACGCCAAGCGACCAACAAUCCCAACGCGGAAUGGGCGGAACGCGUGUGGUUGCUUUUGUGCUUGGCGAUCGUGGCGUUCCAGCCUAGCAAGCUGCUCUACAAAUACUUUGUCUCCUUCCUGAAGAAGAAUAUCGCGCUCGAAGGCAAAUUGCGACAGUAUGUGCAAUGGUGCGUGGACAAUUGCAAGAAUACGAAGGUUUCCUGCAGGCAACAUCCGCCGUCGACGGUGGAGAUCGCCGCCAUGAGGCGACUUGGUACCAUAGUCUGUCGGUUCUUCUUCUUGGAUGGUAGAACGAAGGCGAUCGACGUCCAUCCGACCGACACGGCCGCCGACGCGGUCGCAAAACUCGGCGAGAAAUUAGGCCUUCGAUCGUUGGAGGGUUGGGCCAUCUAUCAGAGCAGACCGGACGGAGAGGAGCAUGUACGAGCUCACGAUUACUUGUACGACGUGAUUGCCGCGUGGGAAAUGAAGCAGUGCAAAUUGAACACAGCGCAGUCGACGUUCUCGACGUUGCGACGCGGUAACAACACUACUCUAGGCAGCGGCGACAAUCGUUUCGUGUUCAAACGAAGAUUAUUCCGCAAUCCGCGGGAGAUCUCGCAGGAUCCUGUGGAAGUUAAUAUGCUGUACGCGCAGGCGGUUUAUAAUGUCGUGAAGUGCGACGACUUCCCAGUGUCCGAAAAAGUGGCACUACAAUUAGCCGGUCUGCAGGCGCAGGUGUCUCUGGGUGAUCCCAAGGACAACGACAGACUUGAUUAUUACAGCGAAGUGGACAGUUUCCUGCCUUACAGAAUCAGUCGGGCUCGCGGCGAUGAUGUCUGGGUGCCGAUCAUAGCUCAAGCACAUCGACAAUACGGCGCCGGACGUAAAGAGUUGGCGGCCAAAGUUCUGUAUCUAUCCUGCGUGAUGCAGUAUCCUCUCUACGGUACAACCAUGUUCAACGUUACCUAUCGUGGAUACUGGUCUUACGGUAACCAACUGAUUCUGGGUAUCAAUUGCGACGGUCUCAUGCUGAUCAAGCCGGACGACAAGUUCGUCUUAUCCGAGUACCGUUACCAGGACGUCGAGAGCAUCAUGCUGGACCCGAGUGACUCAUUCAUCACGCUCUCGCUGUUGCGGCACAAUCCCGACAGCUCGCACAAAUGCUUCGUCUUCGAGACUCCGCAGAAGAACGAGAUAGGCAGUCUGAUCGUCAGUUAUUGCCCGGCCCUGGCGGGUUGGAUCACGGAGAACGAGGUGCCAACGAAGAAGCUCAAAGGCAUCACCAACGAAGAUCGUAUCAGGCUCUACCACAAUCUAGUCAACUGUCGGCGAACGUUGGUGGACACGGAGAUCUUGAGGAAACCCCAAGAUUCCGGCGGCGGUUUCCUACGUAACACGCUCAGGCGACUGUCCAAACACAGGAUAGAGAAGCUCAGACAAGAACAUGGAAGCGCCGACCACGGGGAGACCUAUAAAGGUUUCCCCUACGCUUACUGGGCGUUCAGCAGACAACAGAUACCGCAGAGCUUGGCCAAACUGCCUGAUCCGGACGAGCAGAUGGCACUAAGUAUUUUCCAGUUGAUCCUAACGUACGCGGGACUCGGCCAAAACGGCGACACGGUGCGUCGAGUCGAGGACGAGCACGUGAAUCUCAUACAGACUGUGAUGGAACGUUGCAUACGCAAGGAGAAUCUUCUGGGUGAGCUGUAUCUUCAACUGAUCAAGCAAACUACCGAUCAUCCGGAUCCCAACAGCCGCGUCAAUCUCAGACACUGGGCGUUGCUAUCGCUUGCGUGUUCCGUCAUCCUACCGCCGCAGAAGGCCAUACGGAAGUAUUUGAUGGCUCAUCUGAAGCGCUGCGCCAGUGACUACGUCACCGAGGAGGGCAAGUACGCGAGGUUCGCGGAGAAAUGCUUAUACAAGACGCAAGGCACGAGGCGGCGGCAGUGGCCGCCGAGUCGCGAGGAGAUCAUGUGCACCAUCAAUCGUCGACCGAUUUAUGCGAGAUUCCACUUCAUGGAUGGCCAAUAUCAUGCCGUCGAGUUUCAUCCGUCCGCGACGGCCAGAGACGUUAUGGAGAUCAUAAAGACCAAGAUAGGACUUGAAGAGACUGCUAUGGGUUAUGCAAUCUACGAAGUGCUUGGGCCGACUGAGCGUUCAUUAAUUCCCGAGGAAAAGAUAGCCGAUGUCAUGUCCAAGUGGGAACGUUUCAGAACGUCGCAGCAGAAUCAGCAGACGCAACGAAAGCAUGCUCAUCAUUUCUUCCUAUUUAAGAAACAUUUGUUCUUGGACCAAUACAUGAAUCUAGACGAUCCCGUGGAGAAAGAGCUGCUGUAUCAUCAAGUGCUGCAUGACUUGCGAGCCGAUCGAUUUCCCAUCACCGAGAAAGAAGCUAUGAUGCUGACAGCUCUGCAAGCGCAGUUGGAAAUGGGUGACUGUCUCGAGCAAGCCAUAACGGAGCAAGAUUACCGAACGAUAUCGAGUCACUGCCUACCAUCAAGACUGGUGCCGAGCCUGUGCGUGGAAGGUGUGCUCCAGCAUCAUCAAUCCCUACGCGGCAUGACACCGCCUGAGGCGAAGAAGGCCUUCCUGAAUCUUAUUCAGUCGUGGCCGCUGCACCGCGCGACGAUCUUCGACGUGAUGCAGUCGUUCACUUCGAACUGGCCUCGUGUGCUAUGGCUAGCCGUCGAUCAGCUGGGUCUUCAUCUCCUCGAACAUCGCUCCAGAAACGCACUAUGCACCUACGAAUAUAGCAGUAUUCUAAGUUACACCCCCGCCGUUAAUUGCUUGAUGAUUAUCACUGGUACGGACAAGAAGCAGAGCAAGGUCAUCCUCACGACGUCGCAGGCACAUCAAAUUGCGAAUCUAAUUCGCGAAUACAUGGAGGUGCUGCAGUCGCCGCCGGAGAUACCGCGACGGGAUUCGACGAUGGCUCAACAGCUGGCUCAGCAGCAACAGCAACAGCAGCAUCCGCAGCCGCCCGCCGCGACUGUCCUACCGACAUCCGCCAGCGGACGCAAGUCCCGACCAGCUUCAGCGAUGCUUCACAGAGGUGCUCCGGUAAUACAAUCGCAGGCUAGUUAGAAUGCCGGUUAGAGGCGACUCGCGUUCAAAGAGACGACGACGACGAUUUCCCUUCAACCUGGUACCUAAAGGUUCGAGUUCUCGUCGGGCGCGCACGUUUCAUUGCCAAGUGCCAUAAAUCCCAGAUACGCACAGCGCCACGCAUGCGGUACUGUCUAUUUUAUCAAAAAAGAAAAAAAAGAAAAGAAAUACGCGCGCGACUAUAUAUGAUAUACAUAUAUAUAUAUAUAUAUAUAUAUAUAUA